CCAAAAUUCAAAACUUGACAAUCUCGAGAAAUCAGCUCGUUACUAAUCAGAGAUCUCUUCAGAGAUCCUAAAUUCGAAAAACCUCUGGAGGUCAGGUCGCACAAAUCAUGGGUUCACCUCGUUUCGGGCAUCGAGCGUUAGAUCGGUCAGUGUGUUCAGCCCGUUCACUAUCUGCUCGCCUCCGCUCCGCCACAGAAUUCAUUAUAAAGCAGGCAUACACUUGCACGUUUGGCCAGACACGAGGCCUUCAAGCCACUUGGGAUGAGAUGGUGAAGGAAGUAGCAGCUGCUACUGCCCUGGGAGGAGCCAAGAGGGCUCGGAAGCAAUUUGUUGGAGUCCGGCAAAGGCCAUCUGGCAGAUGGGUGGCUGAGAUCAAAGACACCAUACAGAAGAUAAGAGUGUGGCUAGGCACCUAUGACACUGCUGAGGAGGCAGCCAGGGCUUAUGAUGAGGCAGGCUGCAUCCUCUGUGGUGCCAACACCAGGACCAACUUCUGGCCAUGUUCUCCGGCUUCUAAUCCUACCCCAGCUCUUCCUUCUAAGAUCACUAGCCUCCUUCUCCAAAGCAUCUUCAAUGGCUACUACAUCAGUAACACUACUGCAAAUGCUUCUAAUUACUUGACAACAAGUCUUGAAUCAUGUUUAACAAAGAAGGCGAAUUCUAGUGGGAGAGAUUUGGGGUUAGAUUAUUGCAAUUUCAGUGAUGCUGCUCAAUCUUCUAGGUGUGAUGACAUUGUUGAAGAAGGACUUGAUAUGGAAGCACUUGAUUUUCAUUUUGUGGAUGAUAAUGGAUCAUCUAGUUACUACUCUCCCUUUGAGAUGGCUGAAGAGAUUGAGGGGCCUGUGGAGGCAGAGAAUUUCUCGAACAAGCCCUCAGUGUUAAGAGCUGCCAUGAAGAGAAUGAAGUACGAGAGGAAGUUCUCUACUUCUUUUUAUGCUUUCAAUGGAAUACCAGAGUGUUUGAGGCUGAGGCUCGAGUUAGAAAAUGUCAAGGGUGGAAGAGUAAAAGCUGAACUGUCAAUUCAAAGUCUAGAGGACAAGAAAGGAGAAGGAAAUGAAAAUGAAGUGAUGGGGAAGAAAGUGGAGGAGUGCCUGGAUUCUCCCAGUAGCUCAGUGGAAACAGGAUCUUCUUCAAGCCAUGAAGGUGAAUUUUGUCUGUGGAGCUCACUUGAUCUUCCAACUAUCUGUUAACUGAUGGAUAUAACUGGUAUUGCUUCAAUUCCCGGUGUUAGUUCUGAUAUUCUGAGAUAGGUUGAGGGAACAAUGACAUAUUGACAUGUAAUGAUGAGUUUAUAACCCUGAAAUUAGUUCUUUCUUUCAUGUUCAUGAAUCAUGAAUUUUAUGAGCAGUUAUUCUAAUUUCUGUUACUUUAUCAAGAUAGAUAGAGACUUGUGAAAGCCAAUAAAGCAUUUGUGUAGUA